GUGCGGCUACAAAGUCAACUGUAAUGCCACCAGUGAUAGUUGGGAGAUUAGAUCUCUGAAUCCCGCUUACUCAGUGCCUGAUCCCAUCGUUGUCUGUACAAAUGGCACUAGCCGAAGCGUUAAGGGCGCUGUAUUUUCCCGUCGAACUCUGCAGGCUGGUGCAUUUGAUCGCUGUUUUUUGUUUAGUGUACCUUCUGUGCAUGACGGUGAAGCUCUGUCGCCGUAGAUGGAAGCUGAAAGAAGUGAUGCAACUUUUCCCGGGACCGCCAGACCACUGGUUGUUUGGACAUGUACUGGAGUUUCCUCAGGAUGGGAUAGAUUUGGACAGGACUGUGGCAUGGGCAAACCAGUAUCCAUAUGCCUACCCAAUCUGGUUUGGUCCAUUCACAGUAUUUUUAAAUAUCAACCACCCUGAUUAUGUUAAAACUUUACUCUUAAGUACAGCACCGAAAGAUGACUUUAUAUACCAGUUUAUAACUCCCUGGAUUGGUGAUGGCUUACUGGUGACUUCUGGCCAGAAAUGGUUCCGCCAUCGAAGACUCUUAACAUCCGGAUUUCACUAUGAUGUUCUAAAACCCUAUGUAAAGCUGGUUGCUGAUUCAGCCAAAACCAUGCUGGACAAAUGGGAACGACUUUGCACAGAAGGAAAUAAUACUUUGGAGCUCUACCAGCACGUCAGCCUCAUGACAUUGGAUAGUAUACUGCAAUGUGCCUUCAGUUACCAUAGCAACUGCCAGAUUGCAAGUAACAGCUCAUAUAUCCAGGCUGUGUACAGGCUGUGUUUCCUCUCCAAUCAACGGUUUAGAAUUUUUCCAUAUCACAGCAACCUUAUCUACUAUCUGAGCCUGCCUGGAUUUCGUUUCCGGAAAGCUUGCAACUUGGCGCACCGUCAUACUGAGGAAGUCAUACGGCAGAGAAAAGAGACAUUGAAAGAUGAGAAAGAAUUGGAAAAAAUCAAGGACAAGAGACAUUUGGAUUUCUUGGAUAUUCUGCUUUGUGCAAGGGAUGAAGAUGGAAAAGGACUAUCUGAUGAAGAAAUCCGAGCAGAAGUUGACACUUUUAUGUUUGAAGGCCAUGACACAACAGCAAGUGGAAUUUCUUGGCUCCUGUACUGUUUGGCCCAACACCCAGAGCACCAGCAAAAGUGUAGAGAAGAAAUCCAGCAGCUCCUCUUGCCCCAUAAACAAGUUGAAUGGGGUAUGCUCAAUAAGAUGCCUUAUAUCACAAUGUGCAUUAAGGAGUCUCUGCGUCUCUGCCCCCCUGUCCCAGGAAUAGCCAGGAAGCUGAACAAACCACUCACAUUCUUUGAUGGGAGGACAGCGCCUGAAGGUUGCUUGGUGGGUGUAAACAUCUACUGCAUUCACAGGAACUCCAUGAUUUGGAGUAACCCAGAGGUAUUUGAUCCUUUAAGAUUCUCUCCUGAAAAUUCAGCACACAGACACUCCUAUGCUUUUAUACCUUUCUCUGCUGGAUCAAGGAACUGUAUUGGUCAGCACUUCGCCAUGAAUGAGAUGAAGGUGACCCUUGCACUGAUCCUUAGUCGAUUUGAGCUGGAAGUUGAUACCUCAAAGCCGCCAAUUAAAGUACCCCAGUUAGUCCUCAAGUCCAGAAAUGGAAUACAUCUAAAACUUAAAAAAAUAGAAUUAAGUACAGAUGAAAGAAAAAUUUAAUUCUGAAGAACAUUUAAAAAGUGGUCAUUUCAAUUUCAAGCAAAUCAAUCUAUAAGACAAGCAAUUCAAGAAGUAAUCAUAGGAUAGUAAGGAAUAUUUUCAAAAACUUGCAUGUGUGCGCUAAAGCUGUUCAUUACUUGUGUUAUUGUUGGAAUGUCAUGAAACAAUCAAAUUAUGCCUGAUAAUGCAGAAUGCCUAGUUGUGUAACAUCCUGACCAAGAAUUCUAUUGCUGUUCCUUCAUCUUGGAACUCCUUAUUAGCCCUGUAGGAGUACCUUUCCAAAAGGACAGUAGUCAUUGAAGAGGGCAGCUCACCACUGGAUUCUCAAGGGCAAUAAAUGUUGGUCUUGUUGAUAAUAUUCAUAUUUCAAAAGUGAUUACUACCAAUAUUGUAUUCCUGCCUCGUGCUCUAAUCCUCUGGGUGUUCACUGAGGAUAAUCAUAUUCUGUUUCCAGUUUUUGUUGCACUUGAUAGAUAGUGAACUCCCUAGAACUAAUAUAUCACAAUAGCUACAUAUCCCAAAGAACUACCAAUUAGCAAUUCUGGUUUAUUCACCCCACAAUAAACACGAUUGCUGGGAAAUUACAGUACUUCACACGAGUUAAUCAAUAAUGUCAUGUUAGAAAAGUUCAUACUAUGGCAGAAAAUGACAGAUUAUCUGUUGGAAAUCAGUAAAAGGUAAUUGUGCCAGCUUACAAAAGCUCACUCAAAUGAAACGCAGCAUCAUCUCAAUUUAACUUUGAAUGUUAUUCAUCAUAUAGGAAUAUAAAUACCUCUAACCUGAUAUCAGACUUGGAUUUAUCAUACUCUAUUUAGUUAAAUAAGUAAAACCUUGUGACUAUCUCAAAUUUACAUGAAUUUGAAUCAGUUGGUAAAAUAUUUGCUAAUAUAUUAUUUCACUAUUGAAGAUUCCAUCAUGGCUGUUACAGUCAUCAUGUGGAUAACUUAUUUGAGAAAAUCAUUCUGUCAUUGCUUAAAACUAGCAUUUCAGCCACUACAUGAAACUUUAUUAGGUUCACAUAUCCACUUCUACUCUAUCACUAAUAUACUCCAAACAAAAUCUCUCCAUUCUGCCUUUCCAUGAGCAGUCCUACUGUGAACACACUAGUAAAUGAAUAAUUAUUUUCAGAGCAAAUGUAUUGUGUUUGUGAAUCUUACUGCACUUGACAAUUUGUGGAUCAAAAGUAAUUGAGGUAUUGCUGGAACUUUAAGAAAUACCAUGUGUAAUUUGGAGAUACAAGAGAUUGCAAUGCUGGAAUUCAGAGCAACAAACAACCUGCUGGAGGAACUCAAUGGGCUGAGCUGUAUCUUUGGGAGAAAAUAAAUUGUUGAUGUUUCAGAUUGAAAUCCUGCAUCAGGACUGACGGAUGAAGGAUUUUGACUGAUCGAUGCUGUUCAACCUGCUGACUUCCUCCAGCAGAUUGUUUGUUGUGUGUAAUUUGAAUGCCUUCUCUCUGGCUCAUCAUCGGAGCAUCGUACAAAUAGAAGAGCCAAAUCCUUCUAAAACAGCAGCUGCUAGAAAAUAAUAAUAGCUUGAAAGUUAAGCCUGCCACAGGUGUUGAGUGACUGAAUGCACUAGUUGGUAAAUUCCCCAGUGAAGAAUGGUAUAUAAAAAAACAGCUGCAAAAUAAGGAAUACCGGUUUGUUUAAAAUGUAAAAAUACAUUUUAUUUCAGUUGAUUGAUAUCAGCUAAAACAAGAAAUUUUUGAUAGAUAUCAUGAUAUUUGAAAUAUUUCAUUCCUUUCCUUCUAAUUAGUAUUUUAUUUCUUCGAAACAUUUAGGAGCAAUUUUAUAGAGUUAAAAUAUUUUUCAGACUCUCUGUCAAUAUUUUAGACAUUAUUGCAGACUAUACAGAACAUAGAAGCACAGUAACAGGCCCUUUGGCCCAAGAUGUUGUAGCCAACAUAAUGCCAUUUUAAGCUGCAUACCUCCCUGCAUGUCAUCCGUAUUUCUCAAUUCCCUAUAUAUAUCUCAAUGCCUUUUAAACAUUGCUAUCAUAUCUGCUUUCAACACUUGCAGCACAUUCCAGGUAUUUACCACUCUGUAUGCACAAAAAGUGCCGCAUAAAUUUUAUUUAAACUUCCCCCUCUCACCUUAAAGCUAUGCCCUCUUGUAUUUGGCAUCUCCGCCAUCCCUCAGCUUCCAAUGCCAAUAAUCUUAAAUUUUAGAUCUGACGUUUUAAUAUUUUUGAAAUUACCUAUGUUUGUUAGGUAAUGUAAAAAUAUUCUUAAGAAUGAAAAUUGGUACUCCUAGAUAUACAAUGCCAAUGUAAUUCUGUUGGUAUUGAAACAGGAGAAUCCAGAAGCUGUGCUCGUAGUCAGAUAAUGUUAAAACAUGAUCCUAGCUAUUGGAAGGAGUGCUAAAAGGUCUCAAAGCUGGAAAUUUCUUCAUAUCUGCCUGAGGUUGGCUAUAUAAUCAAUGCACUCUGGACUCAAUUAAGAUACAGAUCUUUGUCCUGGCCCAGACCUUGUCUGGAAUUACAAACAUAGUUUGUAGAACUGGAGCAGAUUUAUUUGCCAAGUUGUGAUGGUAUUACCUCAUGCACUUGGUUACAAUUAAUUUUGUCAUUUUUUUUCUCUCCCUUCUGGAGAGUAGCCAUGCUGUUCCCAGUGUAGUUCGGGUAUCUAGCUGAAUUCAUUUAACACCUAUCCUUAUUUAUCCUGAAAAUCCCAAAUAGUGUAUUAACACAGAUUCCUGUUGGCCACAUCUAGUACCUAAAAUGAGAGGAUUUGUUCUGAGCUCCACCUACAACUUCUUCAUUCAUAGACAAUGCAAGUUCUUUAGUGGCUUGGAAUUAGUUUUCUUCAAAAUUUUUAUUGCACUGAAUAAACUAACUUUUUUUUGAAUCUAUGUUCCAUAUCACAUUGGCAAUGUAGGAUGAAAAAGGUAACUGGGGAUCUUCUGUACAAUUUCAUGUAAAUCUGAUUCCAGAGAAAGGGUUGGGAGUAAAGGUUUGUUGUGUGCCUUACAGCCUUUGCCAAUCUAAUUUAGAGCAAAGUUCAUUAAACAGUGAAUAAACUGGAAAUGUUUAAAAUGUCCUGAUGACAAAGUCCUUAUCUUGAUCAGUGAUUGUAAAGAAGGAGUUUUGAUCCUUCAUUCAUCCUGUGCAUUUUAAGAGUUAGAGAUAUUCCACCAGCAUAGUUACUUUGUUUUAAUGUUCCUAUGGCAGAAAAUAUAGACUAUGAAAUAACUGACUGUCAGCAGAGGAACAGUGGAAAUAGUGGUAAGUUGAUAGGAGAGGCAGUUUGAAAACUGUGACUAUAAGAUUGUUUAUGUAGAGUUGUUUAGUGAUGAUAUCCAAAAAUCAAAGCCUUUUCUAAAAUUAAUGUUGCUUAUACUUAAAAUGUGAACUUUGUAUUUUAAUUAUGCUUACAUUUUAUGUGUGACCGUAACUACUGUUUUUAAUUUCUUUAAAGAAUACUGUAAAAAUAAAAUUCUAAACUCUAUAUUAAAAUC